GCAUUUCUACUCAAUCACACCAUGCAUGACUGCACUAACUUUUUUUUUUCAUUCCACACAAUAGCAAAAAAGAUUGAAACAGUACAGUUCUCACCUUUUGACGAAUUACUCACCGAAGGCUUCGAUAAUGAGCAGAUCUGGGAAGAAUUGGCAUUGCAGAACAAUCCGUUCAUAGCGUACGCAAAGGAACAGCUUGAAUACUUUGAAGAGGAGGAAGAAUCACAAUCGAGCGAUGGCCUAGAUGGAGCCAAUGAAGAUAGCGAAUUAGAAGCUAUGGACGAGACCGACGACUUUGAACAAGAUCUUGGAAGCGACGAAACUGCCGACUUUAAGGAUGCCUUGGAAGAGCAGUCAGACGAGGAAGAAGGAGAACUCGAAGAAGAUGAUGAACAAGAUAAAUUCAAGGACAUCGAAGUUGAAGAAGAGGAAGAUGAUGCUUUGGACCUCCAAGAGUUUGACGAUAGACCAACUCGAACUACAAAACCAACCGAAGUGGAUGAUGAAUUCUUUGACCUGAAGGAAUUCAAUCAAUGGACCGAGAAGCAAGAAGAACAAGACAUGUUAUCUGAAUCCGAACGAGAAUUAGACGAGGACAUUGAUUUCGACGAAGAUUUGGAAGACGACCUUGAAGAGGAGGAUGAAGAACAAAAUGCCAACGAUGUCAUGUUUUCGGAUUUCUUCAAACCACCACCCAAACCAUUUUACACUCGCGGUGAUCGCUCAAAUGACCGACCCAAGAGCGCACCAAAAAAGAAGGCUAAGGCAAUGGAUUUCAUGGAUGACGAUGAAGAGGAGGAGGAAGAAGAAAGUGCCAGUGAUCUCGAAGACGAUGACGAGGAAGAUACUACCAAGGUCAAGUCGCUUUUCGAAGACGAUGAAGAAGAUAAGGAAGUAGGCUCAAAGUCUGGUCACGAAAAGAGACUCGAGCGUAUAAAGGAGCAAAUCGAAGAACUCGAAAUGCAGAACGUUGGUGUUAAGGACUGGACUUUGGGAGGAGAGGCAUCUGGAAAGGCUCGCCCACUCAACAGUUUAUUGGAAGAGAACCUUGAGUUUGAUCAUGCUGCUAAGCCUGUUCCUGUUAUAACGCAAGAAACAACAGCAUCGCUGGAGGAUAUUAUCAAGCAACGUAUCAUCGAGGACAAAUUCGAUGACGUUGAACGCAAGGCAGACCCUGCGGAUCGACCUUUCUUGCCCUCCAAGUUGGUGGAGUUGGAUGACAGCAAGUCUAAGAAGUCACUUGCAGAGUUGUACGAAGAUGAUUAUGUCAAGAAAACCAGUGGCGCUCACACGAACGAGAAGGAUGAAAAGCUCAAGAAAGAACAUACCGAUAUUGACGAAAUGUUCUCGGGACUUUGCCAGAAAUUGGAUGCUCUCAGCAACUUCCAUUACACUCCCAAAGCACCCAAGCCUGAAAUCACUGUGGUCAGCAAUGCAGCUGCUAUCAGCAUGGAAGAAGUCAUACCCGUCAAUGUGUCGGAUGCAACGCUAUUGGCACCAGAAGAAGUGUUUGAUAAGAAGCGCACGGACGUUAAGGGCGAGACUGAGUUAGACCAAACCGAACGAGCCAAGUUACGCGCGGCUAAGAAGAAGUCCAAGAGAAAGGAAAAGGUCAUGAAGGAAAGAGAAGUCAAGGUCAUUGAGAAGAUGAACCCUGGUCGCGGUAACAAGCAUGCCAAGAGCAAAGCAUUCAAGGAAUUGAUUGGACAAAAGAAUGUCUCUAUUUUGGAUAAGGAUGGCAAAAAGGCUUCCAGCGAGACCUUGUCCAAGUUCAAAGCUUAGACGCACGCUCGCUUACAUAGUAGUAUAAUACAAUCCAUCAUAGAAUCUCUCUCACAUGUAGUAAUAUUUUUCUUUAUAUCCAUGGCAUAAAAAGUUUUCAUCAUCUGUUUCUGUUUGGGCACAUGGUUUCCCUCCGUUCUUCUACCGCAGACAUUCAUUGAAUGAAUC